CAAAAAGCCAAGUCCCUUCCAGACAGCCUGCCAGAGUGACACCAGCGCAGAAGGAAGUGUACCUCUCAAGUGUUUAUGGCCGCCAACCUCACUAUCCACAGAGGACGACGUCCAAGGCACCAUACCUACACUACCAGUCUCCUGUGAACCCCAAGACUGCUGCAGUAAUGGCAGGGAUCAUGGCCGGUGACAGCAAGCUUCCUGGAAAACCUGCUGUGCAGGAUUUGACCAGCUUUCUAGGACAAGAAUUAACAGAACCCAGUGGACCAAAGGCUGAUGCCAGGAAACCUGUGCACGGUUCUGAUGGGAAACCUUUCAAACAAAAAGAAGACAUGCAAUAUUUCUUUCACCCGAGGGUGGACUUGUCACAGGUUGGCGAGGGGAUGUCUCGGGUUGGCGUGCCAUUGGAGGGACAAUUAGUGCCUAUGGCUAUACCCCUGGGGAGACCCAAGACUAAUCCAGCAUUACGACCUCCCAUUGUCACGCAACAGCCACAAUACACAACUCAUGAAGAAGCAGAGGCAGAAAGCCCCUUACCAGAUAGUACCUUAUCUACAGACCCAUCUGAAGUCCAUUCCCCUGAUCCCACUCCCUUGAGACUUAGUAGACCUGCUCGGCCAAAUGUGGCAGUGAUUACUGUAUGUGAUAAGGAACUGGGCGAGAACACGGACCAUCAACACAAACGACACAAAAAGACACCAGCGAAGAAAAAGCGAAACCCUCUGUCUGUUCAGGUGUUACCCAAAGUGGAUAUCGACAGUUUUUCAGAGUCUUCGUCAUCUUCUCCGAGUUUGUCACACGUCUCGAACGUUCCAGAGCCCUUUUCCCGUCCGGAUGAUUCUGAGUACCAGGAGUUCAGGAAUUUUUUGGCCGUCACAGAAACUGGGGACCAGGAAAAGGACGAUGAACAGACUCCUAAUGAGGCAGAUGAUGACUUUCACCGACUUCCAACACCUCAGCAACCCUUGACACUAGAGGGACUCACAGAAGCACAAGAUAGACCAUACAAUGGCCCCCCGUUUCCACCUGUUCAUCCUCCUGUUUCUAUGCAGCAGACAGGAGGGGUUCUUGAAGCUGAUACUCGGCAACAGGAAGCUCUGGAAGAGAGAGCCAUGGAAUGGAUUGAGCAGGAACUCCUUGCGCGUAUCGUAAGUGAAAUGAAUCAACCAGUGACUGACCCCACCACCCUAAUAAGGCCCCAGUCCACUCCUGAAAGUAGUAGCACCGUUUCGGAGACAGGAGAUGAAGAUGAGGAAUUUCUUGCUGCCGCAAUAGGUCAGGAUGGAAUUCAGCUGUUUAUUGACGCUGGGAUCCCCGUGGAUAAAGAACUUGUUACCAAUUUGAUUCGGGAAGUAAUCGCAGAGAAUGUUUCUACGAUUCUUGGUCAUCCAAAACCAAGGAUCAAUCCUCGACCUUCGAGACAGCCAAUUGCUGAGGAAGGUCACCCGUCACGUACACCCUCCCCCAGAGGAACACCAUUGCCAACUCCCGCCCCCACUCCUGAGUACACACCUCCAGAGUCAGAGAAGAGUGUGCAUGAGUCGGCAGUAGUAGUAACUCCUGAACGCACUCCUACCCCCUCGGUAACGAGCGAGGAGCCGAUUCCAUCGGAGAGUGCAGAGGAAGAAAAGGAAAUUGAAUCAACUAAGGAAGAAGUGGAGAUAAAAGAACAGUCCAGUGAAAAGAUCUCUGAGGUCAAAACUCCAGUGUCUACCCCAAUCCCAACUCCACCUGCUGUCCAGUCCCCUCCGGUCAGUAUAUCUACACCUGAGGCUUCGGUUCAAGAGCCAGAGGAAUCCCAAGAUACUAUAGUUCCCACGCCUCCGCCGUCAGUUGUUGUCAAAACACCAACUCCAGAGCCUGAACCCGAGCCGGAAGCAAGCAUAGUUGAAGAAGCCAGUAAAACCAAGGAACCGUCGGUUAGUCAAAAGGAACUCACACCUCCUCAACCCGCCAAACUGUCGGUCAGCAGUCCUUCGAGCAUGUCAUCUACUACCCUUGGUGCAACUACAAUAACCACUGAGGAGGAGAUGUCUGAGGGAGAAUUAAUACAGCCAUAUGCACAUGUUGGAAUGUACAGUGAGGGAGAAUUUGCUCUGUCGCCAACCAUUGUUCAACUGGCCGCUGAAAAAAAAUUGCCAAUGGCUGGGGACUGGGAUUCAACAAGGUUGGGACACGAUGAAGACAGCCGUAACGAACUCGUUAGGGUCGCUCUCAAUGGCAUUUUAAAAGGCGGCCCACAGGACAGACAACAUCAACAAGGAUCAAGCGACAACAGCAGUAGAAGCAACAGUGAGUCUGAAGACCAGGUCAGCGGUGUCAGCACUAUGAGAGAUACAGAGGACAUCAGAGAGGAUUCCAUCACUGACGUUUCGCGCAGUGAAGGGGAACUCCUUCACGAUCCAAUGGUAGUUCUGUUGAGCCGCAUCAAACACCACAUGAAGUCAGCGGAAAAUAGUAUGGCCAGUGAAGGGGAGUUAUCAGGAGAGCGUUCGCGCAUGCCCCGUCCAAACCAGAAGAAAAAUGUCACAACACAUGUUGGAGCAGUGGCUUCCGGGGAUCUCUCGCCCGGUGAAGUAGUACGGGAACGUCCCGGUGUAUCGAGAGACCUUGAUCCCGUCCAUGAUAAUGCAGACAAGAAGCAAAACCCAACAAUACCCCUGAACGAAGUCAUUCCGACGACCGAAGAAGAGCGAACUAUUGCCGACGGAGAGCCGAGCGUCGACGAUCGUUCUCUUCACGCGUCAGACUUGUUGCCAGGCACAGUCGGUACAACUGAUGCUUUGCGAUUUACACAGAUUCAGCGUUCUCAUCCAAGAGUGAUUCAGGUUGAAGAACGCGAGAGUGAGCCUUCAAAUUCGCAGCGGACUUACUCAGUUGAGGAGAAGGGGGGAGAUGGAUCUGCUCUUCUUCGUGAUAACGAGAGAGACGAGAACGCUGGUGUUCACGGUUUGGAGGUGACAAGCGGAAGAAAUUAUGACGUAGAAGCUAAGGAAACGAAAAAGCCGACUAAAAUCCAAGUGACAAUACCUUCGAUUGAUGAUGUUACUCACGAGGAAAGCUCAGUACCGAGUGAUGCGCAUGUUUCUAUUGAUCAAGACACGAUUGGUGAUGUGUCCUCAAUUUCUGGAGGCGAUUUUUGAACUGAAUAUUUAUUUAUAUCAAUGUGCAAAUUAACUGCAGUGAUAGACAGCGUGUGAGAUGUGGGUUUUUUUCAGGGUUUUUUUUGUAUAGAUUUGCUCCAAAAAAAUUUGAAAGAAUAUUUAUGCGACAUGUGGAUUGAGGCAUAUGAAAUAAAUAAUUUAUCUAA